GACAGACACCAACCAACAUUUGAACUUAUAACACAGAAGAUUGAAAAAGGUAUGGAAUUUUAUUAAUGAGAAAUGCAUCGUCAUCAGUUACCCAUUAUUGGUUUUGCUGUUAUGGCAUGCCUUCAGCUUAGUUCAUGCAUGUCUAUUGAAUGCAUGCAAAGUUACGCGCUAGAUCCAAAAAAACGUUGCAGUGAUGUGACAUGGGGCAAGCAAGUUGGCAAGGGAACCGUUUUCGGAACAUUGGGUGGCAACGAUCAAGGACUUUACGGUAAAGGAGGUUACAAGCAAGAUAUUUUUAAUGACGCUAGAGGAAAAUUGGAAGGGCAAGCACAUGGAACUAGAGUCUUAGGACCCAAUGGUGACACUAGUUCAUUCGGUGGCAAGCUAGACUGGAAUAAUGUAAACAAGGACGCCAGAGCUACUUUAGAGCUAACCAAGCAGAUACAUGGACCUACUAAUCUGGACGCAUCAGCAUCCAAAGUAUGGAACUUGGACAAAAAUACUCGUUUAUCGGCUGGUGGUACAGUGACACAAGAACUUGGUCACGGAAAGCCCGACUAUGGUGUCGGGGCUACUUUCCAACAUGACUGGUGAUUGUGCCCGAGAGAAUUUAUACUGAAGUUAUGUGAUUAAAAUUAUUUUAAGUUUAAUUUAUUUAAAUAAAAUACCACAAUAAAAAUACUGC